UCAAGAUUUUCCUUCACUUCACCUUCCAAUCCCACUCUUUUCUGUCUCACUCACCACGCUCCAUAACCGCACCCCACCCCCCAACUACCCUCCCUUCAAGAACACACACAAAAACUACUGUGUAUGCGUGGGUGUGUAUAUAUAUAUAUGUAUUUUUAUGAUAUAAAUGAAUGCCCUCAGACUCCAAUAUUCUGUAUUCUUGCAAUCCACCAAUCCCCACAAGUAUGAUUGCGUUCUGUUCUCUUUUCCUUUAGUCUGUGGAUUCUGACACUGCCACAUUACUGCCAUUAAUAUUUCAUACUGCCCCUGUUUUUGACCUUUCUCUUCACUACUUCAUUGUUCAGAUUUCAUUUUCCCCUCUCUUCUCUCCGCAUUUAAUCGGAAGCACAGCUUUUCUUGGAACCCUUUUGCUGUAAUGUUCAUCAAGUAAUAGGAGGAUCGUUGUGCUGCUCCACUUGUUCUGAUCAGGAAAAGAAAAAGAAGGAGGGUUGUCUCUAGAAUUUGAUUUAUUAUAUCAUUAAUAAAAUAGUAACACAAAGAUGAUCAUGAGGAGAAGAUUAGCUUGUUGCACGAGGGACAUGAGGGAAGUGAGCAUCGACUUUGAUGAACAAGAGAGAAUAAUGACGUACAAUGGCCUGGAGAGCUGCAUUCUCAACGGCCAUUCUUUUGAUAAUGAAAGUGGCACUAGUAGAGGAGAGGGGUGUGUAACAGAUUCCUUUGAUGAGGAUGAUUCCAGCUGCUCUUCCAGCACAAAUGCUUUUGGGUCGUUCUCCUCCCUAUGGACGAUAAUGAAGAAAGAUGAUCAGUGUCAGGAUGAAUGGAACUCACCAGCCACCCCACGACGCUACAAUGUAAAAGAAAAACUAGAUGAUGGAAGCCGGCUUUCCGAUGUCGAAGGGAUGAAAGAAAAAUUUGCUAAGUUGCUGCUCGGGGAGGAUAUUACAGGAGGUACCAAGGGGGUUUCCACUGCAUUAGCACUGUCUAAUGCCAUUUCGAAUCUAGCAGCUUCUGUUUUUGGUGAGCUCUGGAAGUUGGAGCCGUUGCCAGAGGAACGAAAGAUCAAGUGGCAAAGAGAAAUGGAUUGGCUGCUCUCCCCAACUAACCAUAUGGUUGAGCUGGUUCCAGCCAAACAAAACGGCACAAACGGGCGGACAUUAGAGAUAAUGACCCCCAAAGCUCGAGCAGACGUCCACAUGAAUCUUCCAGCUCUGCGGAAAUUGGAUUCCAUGCUUAUUGAAACACUUGAUUCAAUGGUUGAUACUGAAUUCUGGUAUGCGGAAGUGGGUAGCCGAGCAGAAGGAAGAAGCAGGAGUGCUGGACUAAGCAAACGGUGGUGGCUUCCUUCCCCCCGGGUACCUCCUGUUGGACUCUCAGACAUAGAGAGAAAGAGAUUGUUACAUCAGGGUAAAUUGAUCUAUCAAGUAUUCAAAGCUGCCAAAUCGAUCAACGAAAAUGUCUUAGUUGAAAUGCCGAUUCCUUUAAUUCCUUGUCCUUUGCUUCAGUCCGGAAAGGCAAGCCUUGGGGAGGAACUAUACAAAAUAUUGACGGCAGAGUCUAUGUCGGCUGAGGAAAUGAUCGCCUAUCUAAAUCUUAAAUCUGAACAUAGUGCUCUUGAAGCCAUUAAUAGAGUGGAAGCAGCUGUAUUCGCAUGGAAAGAGAAAAUCACAGAACAAAACAAUGGCAAGUCUCCAGUUCGAACAUCAUGGUCUUUCAUGAAAGAUCCAUUGUCAGAGCUGGAUAAGACGGAGUCAUUAGUGUACCAAGCCGAAGUACUUCUAAAACAGCUCAAGAAUAAAUAUCCAAAUCUUCCACAGACGUUCCUUGACGUGACAAAAAUCCAGUAUGGCAAGGAUGUGGGGCACGCAAUUCUUGAAGCCUACUCCCGAGUUCUGGCCAACUUGGCAUUCAGCAUUCUGUCCCGGAUAGGCGACAUUCUGCAAGAAGACGUAAUGAGCAAUCCCAAUUCACCGGUGGCAAUGUCACAUCUAGUUGGAGCAAGAAUCCCCGGAAUAUCAGAUAGUCCAAUGCUUGAUCGGGUGAGGCACUCCCUCAUUCAUCAGUUGAAUAGUGCAAGUGGAAAAUCUUUCAAUGCUUCAGAAGUUGAAGCUCAUUACGAGGAAGCCAAGAUUAGCUCAGUUAGCGCAACGCCUAGCCGGAGCCGAGUGUGGUGCAUAGGCAGAGAGGCUUGCCACAGCGUUUCUGCUCAAAAUUCUCCUUGAUAAUCUUCUACCCUUUUUGUAUAUAAUAAUGCAGCAGAUGAUGCCAUCUUUCUCUUGUUGAACCAAAAUGAUGCUCAUAUAUCACUACAUUCAAUGAGGAUCUCUUUCAUUGUCUUCUCCA